CAUAUCCCCACCCUCCACCCCUUUUUUUCUCGCCCUAAUGUCUCAACAAAUGAAACGGAUUUGUAAAAAUGUUACAUGUAAAAAAUACGAGAGACAUUUCACAUAAUGUCUGUAAAACAAGAAAAUCUUUAAUAAAAGAAGAAGAAGAAAGAAAGAGAAUGCAACCCCCUUGCAGUUACAAGCGAUAGUGCAUUGAGACUGUAGAUUCAGGAUUUGGUUGCGACGUCUGUCCCGGGCUGAAUACUCUGAGCAUCUAACAUCAACCGCUUGGGCUUGAAAUACCUACUGACUUCUUGGCAAGAGGAGUUUGCCUUCCCUUUAUUUGCAGUGGUGUUACGCACAUUCUUCCCUUCAAGUUUUUGCACCGCCUAACCUUAACGAAAACCUCUAAGCGGCUUACGAAAGCAUGAACAUGAUCGAUAAAAGUCAAAGUGAAAAACAUGCAAAAUGCAAUUACACUUAAGCUAAAACCACCGAUUAAAAGACAAUGCAACUUUUUGCAGGUAAAGGAAAGGAAACAAAGUUUAUAGCAGGCGCCGAAAAGGGUGCAGUGAAGGCGCCUGCUUCGUCUCAAAAGGCAGGGGGUUUCAGAGUGUACUUGCUGCAUCUAGGCUUCUUGGGCAAAGCCUUUCAACAUGCCUAAGUCUUGGCGCAUCUCUGUCUGUAAAAUGAAAGCCUCAUUACAAUAUUUUAAAAAAAUAAACCACAGUUCGGUCUGGCUCUCUCGCUGCCCGACCCGUCUUCUCAAUUCCCUUCUCUUCAACUGUGCGAGGUAAUUCUCCCCGCCUAUGGGGCUAUUUUCCAGUUUUGCUAAGGGGUGAUGCUAAGGGAAGGAUGCGCUCCAGCCCAUCUAGAUUGGUCAAGCAGCGCUUGAAAAGUGAACUUGAAUCUCGCUCCUUCCCAAAAGCCGCAUCCCCAUUGGAGCGCUUCUCUCCAAGGAAAACGCGCCGGCCAAUUGGCAGCCAGGAGGGGCUAUAAAGGCGCCCAACUCCAGAAACCUGGAGCGGGCCUUGAGGAGCAAGGGCAAUUUUGGAAGCGAAAAGCAGCUUUAUUGGAAGAGAGCGAGGCAGCGCUUUUGCAAGAUGAAAACUACCAACAGCCAAGGUAAGAAUAGAGGAUUGUUAAAACGAUUUUUAGUUCACUUGUCUUUAAAAAAUUGCUCAAAUGAAUGAUAUAAAUUAAGGGUUAUAAAUUCAACGGUUUUUAUAAAUGAAGGGUGUUUUUGUUUCUGGGUCAGGAUCAGGGUGUAGGGAAGGCUUUCAAAGACCCAUUUGUGGUAGCCGGGGAGGGAUUACACAGGGGCUCAAAUGUCUUCGGUUGGAAACAUUUCGCAAGAUUGGUUUGCACAUCUUUACUUAUAAGCAUGAAGCGUUUACUGCAUUUUACUGCAUGAAGCAUUUACACACACACUUUCUGAUUGUUAAAUCCCUUUCACAUAAACGGGAUUAAAUUUCCCAAUAAUCGUGGUUAGGAUCGGCUACGGAAAACGAUGGCAGGCAUAGAAAUAAGAACGUAAACUUCUUACUUAAAAUUCUUUGGUUUGUUUUCAUGCAAGCCUUGUUCAGAGCAACCGGAGGUUUAUUUAAAAUUAGUGUCCAUUGUUAAGGCAAAACCAAUUCAGGGAGGAAGAUCUGCAAGCGUCUCUUCAGUUUAUGCCGAGCGCUUCCUUCAGAUUUGCCUCUUUGUCUUUUCCCAGGAGGAAGCUACCCCAAAGUCGGAGGAGAAAGGCGAAAAAGGACUGUUUUUAGCCCAUCUCACGUCGAGCUCCUAAAAAAGUCCUUUGCAGAGAACCAGUACCCCGGAUACGAGACCAGGGAGGCGCUGGCGAGGUGCAUCGGAGUCGAAGAAGAUCGUGUGCACGUAAGAAUCGGGAUGGUGGGGGCUUCCAAGACUUCCCUAAACCGCACAUACUGGAAGAAUUUGAAACGCUCCGCAUAAUCCUUGCGUAGUCGAAGGCCUUAGUUCACCCGGGUGCCUCUCAGCUUAUCGCGAAAGGCGCCUUGUUCAAGAGCUAACUUCCUCUUUCGUGGUUCUUUUUUGGGGGGGGGGCGUAUCGUGGGUUCUGGGUUUAAAUCAUUUUUAAAAAAUCUUCAGAGACCCAGUUUAGAAAUCUAAUUUCUGCAAUGGAUGGGCUUAGUGCUAAAAGUACAUUAAAUCUGGUUUUAUAGGCUGCCUUUGCAGCCUGAUCCAGUUAACACUAACUCCCAAGGUAAUGUGCAGAGGACUGCAGCCAUAAGCAGCUUGCACUGGGGAGCCUAAAACGAGUUAAGCUGCAUUGCUUUUUCUGGCAAAAGUUGAGCAAGUACUUAGUUCUCUCCUACAGAGAAAUUGGCAUUUACACACACACACACACACACACACACACACACACAUAUAUAUAUAUAUAUAUAUAAACACUUCCCUGCCUAGUCCAUUACCCCCAGGACACUUGGGAGGCUGAGGCAGAAGACCCCAAACAGGGCACAACAAAUGGGUAGGUCUUCUGAGUGAGCUAUUUAAAAUUACUAUUGCUAAGUUUAUUGAAUUUUUAAAACAAUUGCCAGGCAUAAAGUGUUGCCUUCCAGCACAAAUGCACACAAAGAUGUUAAGUCUUGUAUGCAGGCAUCCACUUGGCAUUAACAAACGAUUGACAAUUUAUUACAGUUGAAGCUCAUAUCCACAGGUUAUACUUCAAUAAAGCAAGUCUUGUGGGACUGUACACUUGUGCAGUUUUUAAAGGUGGCUUUUUCUGAUACUGCAGAACAAAAUACAGCCAAAUAGCAGUAUUUAGUCAUUCCAACUUAGAAGCUUUAUAUUUAACAGUAACUGGAGAUUAUGUACAUGGGAUAUAUGAAUGUGGAGCUAAAGAUAGUAGAAAAAUGCUGCAGAGAACUAAAGAGAAACCCCAGAGGAAUAAGCAUAAUUUAUUAAAUGUAAUUCUCUCUGUUGGAUCAAAAAGACAUAUUCAUGGUAACAAUGUCUUCUAUACUGGUUCUCUCCUUUCUUCUAUUCAGGUCUGGUUUCAAAACAGAAGGGCCAGAACACCAAAGAGGAUAGGUUCCAGGGUAAGGAUCGGGAACCAUGCUGCAGCUCCUUAUAGCCGGAGUGAAAGAACCUGUCCAAGAAGCAGCCUGGACAGCAGCCCAAGAAGCAGUCCAGGAAGCAGCCAAAAUAUUCAUAUGGAACAAUAUUACCAGCCACACAACUUGCAUUAUGCUGAAAGCUAUGGAGGAGCAGGGUUGUGGCAGCCACCUCUCAACAACACGCAACCAGGAGAGCACCUGCUGCCCCGCAACAGCAGAGCUCCCUGGAAUUGAACCCUGCUUAUUACCAGCAAGCUGCUUUUUGUGGAACUGGGCUUUCUGAGACUUCCCAGGCGAGCAACUGCCCAGUUCCAUAUUACGGUGCGGAGAUGGUGAGGCAGCCUCCACCAUCAGCUGGGAACUUCUUCAUGGCAUCAAGCAGUUAUACUCCCUGGUCUGCAACGGGAAUUAUUCAGCUACAAAUCCUGGACACAUGCAGAAUGUUGAUGGAAGUGCUUCGGACUCUCAGUUUUUCUCUUUAAGUCAGGUUCCAGAUUAGCAUCCCAACUCCUUCCUUGCUAUCCUGUACAUAUUUUCCAAGCUCCCUCUUUUAAUGCCUUCUAAUGUAUGACUUGGAUGUUUUGAAUAAAGUUUGUUCUUUUAAUAGCUUGUCUGGAGUCUUCUUUUAACUUUCCAUUUACUGAAACAUUCACUUUCCUGUGUGCAAGCUUAAUUUUCCCAUGGAAAAAAGUCAGUUGUGCGGUACAUGUGGUUCUAGAGAUAAAAGGUCACGUCUACUAAUGGCUGAAUAUUCCUGAGACACAUUUUAAUGUACCAAUGGCUUUCUCUCCCUUUCCUUUCCUUUUUAAGUCUCUGUAUCUGAGGCUAGAGUAGGUGGCAAUAAAUGUGGUGGGAAGUUGCUUUAUUUUCUUUGUAUGCAAAAGUAUAUUUGUAGAUCCUGCUAUAAGCAGAUUUAGUAACACUUUUCUGUGUUAAUAAGUUUGGUUUCCAUUAAUGAGUUCCAUUUUUAAAAACACAGAAGUUUCAGAUGGGGAUAUAAGGUUUAAUUGAUUUUUCUACCAUGAGUGUGUUAAGGUGCUCUCCAAAGCUUUAAAGACAUAUAAGUUUAACUUGUAUGUGCCUUAGCCUGCAACAUGGGCAUUUAUAUCUAUUAAAAACUUUGUGGGGGGAUAUUGUGAACACUUUAUUUCGUUUUCUUGCUUUUAAUCCCCCCCCCCCCAAGGUUUGUGCUCUACUGCCUUCAAUGAAGCUUUAUAGGAGGGUUGCCUGUGAACUAGAUUGUGUCCAAUACAGUUUGCCUUCUGUGACGUACAGCCUUGAUUCAGCCAGGUUUAGUCAUAAUAAAAUAAGUCAGUUAGUUUUAGAUUCUAAAUUGGACCCUCUUAGGACAACUAAUUUAGAAGUAGUCCCACUGAACUUACUAAUACACAACCAAAUCAACAACAGCUGCAACAUGCUCCCCACCCGCUGCCCAGCAAAAACCCUGAAACAAUUGAGCCUAA